AUGGAUUCAAAGGUAGUGGUACCGGGACAAUACCUAGCCCCAACAUACCAACUCCAAGACGGCAAACAAGUCAAAUACAUCGCAGGCAGAGGCACGGUAGUGAACUCGAUCCGAAGCGACGAAUCGCAACCUAGCAUCCCCGUAAUCUGCGCCUCCAUUGUAGGCCAUAAAUACAUCAAACAGAUAGCUAACGACAACGACAACGCGCAGGGAGAAGAUGAAGCAGAUGAAGCAGAGGAUGAGAAACAGCUCACGUAUAUCGUGUGCGUUAUACCGCGCGGUCAACCAAUGCCCAGCGCAGACGACAUGUCAUCGAUCUCCACCACGAACAGCAUCAAUUUGCCGAGGGAGAACGACGUGGUGCUAGUGCGAAUAACCCGUAUAUCGCAAAAGCAAGCGCAAUGCGAGAUCAUCGCCAUGGCGAACAAGGCCAUCCUAUCUGACUCGGGAAUCGGGUCGAAUGGAGCCACGGCGCAUGCCUCGUUGCCGAUGGGCGGCGGCUCGCAACACAACUUCAACCCCGCUUCCAUCGCCAGCUCGAGCACCAUGAGCUCGAAUGCGCAGAUAUACGACUUGGGGGAGAAUUUCCGCGGGAUCAUCAGGAGUCAGGAUAUACGGAGCACGGAACGGGACCGCGUUGUCGUUGGCGAAUGUUUUAGGCCCGGUGACGUUGUGCGUUGUGUCAUUUUGAGUUUGGGGGAUGGGCUGAAUUACUAUUUGAGCACGGCGCGCAAUGACUUGGGGGUGGUGUUUGCGAAGAGUGAAGGCGGCGCGGGCUCGUUGAUGUACCCUGUUGACUGGUUGCAUAUGAUUGAUGUCGAUACUGGCCUAGUUGAAAAGCGCAAGAAUGCGAAUCCGUUCCUAGAGUGA